UCGAAGAAGAGCCGCUGUCUUCACAUACGCUCUGACCCGAAGACGGCAAGCAAUGUGGAAAAAGCAAGCCUCCUGGUGCUGGCUCGCAAGUGUCUACGUCGUGUGUCAGCUGGUCGCAGCGAAGAAUAACGAAGUGCGAGAGGAAUACUUCAUUACCGGUAGCAACGGAACGUUGUCCUGUCCCACCUCCGAAAAUCAGAACAUAGUGUGGCAAAAGAAUGGCGCAAACAUUUCCGACCAUCGAAUAUCGUUCCUUAUCGUGGACAGUAGCGAAGCAAUACGCAAAUGGUCCUACCUCGUACCGGAAGACGAGGCAGACGAUCCGAACGCACCGAAGCUGUACUACACCAUGACCAUACACAAUUUUACCAAAUCGGACGAAGGCAACUACACCUGUUACAAUCAGGAAAAUGGUCUCAACAUGUCGUACACCGUACGCACCGUAAUUCUACCAAAGAUCACCCAAACUAGCAACGAAAAGAUUAGAACUAAGACGACCAGCAUCCAGCAGCUGUACUGCGUUAUCGAGGCCUUUCCCCUGUCCCACACGGUUUAUUGGGUGAAGGAGGAUGCGUCGGGCGAGAACAGCCUGAAGGCGUUGGCCAACAAUUCGGAACAGCGGGCGAUCGACGAACGGCACAUGAACGCCACCCUAACGCUGCGCGAUCUCUCCAAAGCCCACAAUGGCACGUACUCGUGCGUGGUUAUGCCAUCGGCACAGAUGCAGGCCACCAAUUACGAGGUAAAGAAAUCGAUGGCACUGCUAAUACUGGACGUGCCACAGGUAACGAUCGAUUACGCGAAAGCGGUCGGUGCGAACAAAAUCUAUCUCAACUGGACGGUGAACGAUGGGAACGAUCCAAUCAAGAACUACAUCGUGCGGUAUCUGAAAACAGGCGAUCAAACGUUUACGUACUACCGGGAAAAGAUUGGAGGAAACAAUUCGUUCUACGUGCUGGAUGGAUUCGAUCCGGGUACGGACUACAAGAUCAGUUUGGGUGCAUCAAACGCUCAGGGCGACAGCAAGCACCACGAGUACAGUGAAACUAUUCGCACGCUCGAUACGGAUCCGAGCUUUACGCCGCAGGUGGAAGUAAAGGGCAGCACUCACUCAACGAUCACGAUCGGUUGGGCACCACCUCCAGCCAAUUUGACAGAUUACAUCCAAUACUACGAACUGGUCGUGUCGCUAGCCGGUGUGAAUGCUUCGAUCAUGAAGAAGGAAGCAUUCCACCCACAGAAUAGUCGCAAUCUUCCAUACAUGUUCGAUAAUCUCGCCACGGCCACCGAGUACACGUUCCGGGUGCGUGCCUGCAGCGAGCUGACCAAGAUCUGUGGCAAUUGGUCAGAACCGGUCAACGGCACGACGAGCGAUGGGCAAGCGUCAGCUCCAAGGAAUUUGAAAAUAACCUGCUCGCAUCACAACAUUUCCCGCCGUAACUUUGUACGCGUACGGUGGGAAGAGCCAGAAACCCCGAAUGGUAAAAUCAUGUCCUACCAGACGAUCCUGAGCGGUGUCGCCAAUUACCGGUCAGAGUUCGGAAUGAUGAAGAGCGAGAUUUGGGGUCCAAAGAUUAAAAACAUUCUUCGCCACGCGUUUUCCACCGAGUACGACAAUGUACCACCGAACACAAACUACACCGUCAACGUGACGGCCCACACACGCACGAAACGACCCGGUGUGGUUGCAUCGGCGAGCUGUACCAUGCCGGCCACAACGCCCGACAACUUGGGUCGGAUCAGUUGGGGUAAACUGCGCACGGAUCAGGAUGAUUGGAUUUUUAAGUUAUUUUUGCCACGACUUUCCGAGCGCAAUGGUCCCAUCUGCUGCUAUAAGGUGUAUCUGACGCGCAUUCACAUUCACCACAAUGGAUCGUUGCCUACGCCGGAAAAUGCACUCAUCACGAGCUAUGCCGAUGUGCAUUCGAUCAACAACACGCACGGUGGAACGUACCUGGCCGAGGUGUUUGCCGGUAUGGGCAGUCAGACGGAGGUGUUUCUGGGUGAUGGAAAAAAUAGUCCGGCGGUAGGUUUAUGCCCACAGUGUUUGCAGAUGCGACAUCAUCCGGUACCGGUGGAACCGGAACGGACCGUGGUGACAACAGAAUCACCUGCCGCAAAAGAUGAUCUUCCUCCUGCUGAUGAUGAUGUGACGGCGGCACCCGGUGCACGAACUGGCAACGAAGCGGUACCGCUAGAAGAUGAGCGUAAAGCGUCUUCCAACCACGAGAAACGUGAUACGGGCAAAUAUUAUGAUGGAAUCCCUCGGCUGGAAACCGUGUUCGACGGUGCACUCGAUCCGACUAGUAAUUACACCGGAUUUUUGGAAGUUGUCGUAAAAACCGACAGCGGCGAUGAUGGACGAGAUUACGUAUCCACGUACAGCGAAUACUUCCAAGAAAUGAAUGCUGGAGCACCAUCGGAAGACGACACAGAUGGGAAUGAAAUAACGUUCAUACUGAACAUUGUUAUCCAGGUGUUGCUCGCACUGAUUGCAAUUGUCGUGAUCGUGCUGAUGGUUCUCUGCUUCCUGCACAAGCACGUCAGCAACAACAUUGCCCAGGAAGGGGAAGCAAUCAGUUUGGGCGAUUCUUUAAGACGGGCCCUCUGUAAUGGUGGCCGCGGUGUUAACGCUCAUCAUCGUCAUUUGCUCGGUUCCAGCAGUGCCAAACCGCCCGUUCUUCCACCAAUCUCGAAAGACGAUCUGCCGAAAGCGUACAACGACAAGCACAAAGACUCGGACUACGGAUUUCAGCACGAGUUUGAACUGUUGCCGGACAAAUUUGCCGAUCGAACGACGAAGAAUUCGGAUAUGAAGGAAAACAUGCCUAAGAACCGGUACCCUGACAUCAAGGCGUACGAUCAGACGCGUGUUAAGCUGACGCCACUGAACGGACUGGCCGGAUCGGAUUACAUCAAUGCGAACUUUGUGAUCGGCUACAAGGAGCGGAAGAAGUUUAUCUGCGCCCAGGGACCGAUGGAUGCGACCAUUAACGAUUUCUGGCGCAUGAUCUGGGAACAGCAUCUGGAGAUAAUCGUAAUGUUGACGAAUUUGGAAGAGUACAACAAAACGAAGUGCGCAAAGUAUUGGCCCGAAAGUACGAACGAUUCGAUCCAGUACGGUGAGCUGCUGAUCACUUUCCAAUCGCUCACAUAUUACGCCGAUUACAUCGUUCGUACGCUAAAGGUCACUAAACGAUCCGCCAGUUCGGGCGAGGAAACGUCGCGCGAGAUCAGCCAGUACCAUUAUCUCGCGUGGAAAGAUUUCAUGGCACCGGAACAUCCACAAGGCAUUACCAAGUUUAUCAAUCGAAUCAAUUCGGAAUAUUCGCUACAGCGUGGCCCGAUACUGGUGCAUUGUAGUGCAGGUGUCGGUCGAACAGGAACAUUCGUAGCGCUCGAUACGCUCAUGCAACAGCUGCAGGAAGAGGGCCAGGUGUUUAUUUUUAACACCAUUUGUGAUAUGCGUUAUCAAAGAAAUUUCCUCGUCCAAUCUUUGAAACAAUACAUAUUUUUGUAUCGAGCACUGGCCGAGUUGGCAUACUUUGGCGACACCGAGAUCGAUCAAAAGUCGCUGGCAAGCACCAUCGAAGCGUUGAAGCAGCCGUCUUCAGAGAACAUGGAAAUAUCACGACUCGAGCUGCAAUUCCAGCGUUUGAAAGCGUUCCAAGAGGACAUUCGGAAAACCACCACGAUGGGCUCGAGCGAGGAAAAUAAGACGAAAAAUCGCUCCGACGCGUGCAUUCCGUACGACAAGAAUCGUGUCAUAUUGGCCCCCAUACCGGGCCGGGAUCAUUGCACGUACAUCAAUGCGUCCUUCAUCGAUGGGUACGAUGAUGAGAACAACUUUGUCAUCACGCAGGACCCGAUGGAGGAUACGAUUUUCGACUUUUGGCGCAUGAUAUUCGAGCAGCGGAUCAAAACGAUUGUCAUGUUUUCGGAGAUUGGUGACGGUCCGAACAAGUGUCCCCGGUACUGGGCGGACGAGGAGAUGAAGUACGAGAAUUUGCUCGUAUCGUACAUCCAGAGCGAAAGUGGCCCGUACUACACGAAGCGCGAGUUUACCGUUACCAACUGCAAGACGAAUGACACGAUCCACGUGACACAGUUCCAGUAUAAUGGGUGGCCGACGGUGGAGGGCGAAGUGCCAGAGGUGACGCGCGGUAUGAUCGAGAUUGUGAAUCAGGCGCAGAAGCAUAGCUCUCAGCAGCAGGACAUUUUUACGAUUGCCGUUCACUGCAGUCUCGGAACGGACAAAAGUUCCCUUUUCGUUGCCAUGUGUAUAUUAGUGAUGCAGCUGAAGACGGAGAAACGUGUCGAUAUUUGCACGGUGGUGCGAAAACUUCGAGCGCAGCGUAGUUUAAUGAUACAGACAUAUGCACAAUAUGAGUUCUUGCAUAGGGCGAUUGUAAAUUUUGCUGAUCUGUAUAAAAUAUCGCUAGGCAUCGUGAACGAUUGUUGAUAGAUGGCUUAGUAGUAGUAGUAGUAGUAGUAGUAGUUGUAGAAGAAACCCGGCUCGAGCUAGUAAUUAAUAUUCGAACAAUAUUAAACAAAACAACAAACAA